GCGCCUACGCGUGUACGGACGCGCCGCAGUGACACGCACAACACUCGCGUCUCUUCCGAUCCCCUAUCCUCUCAUUCGUCUUGGAUCUUUGUAACAUCUCCCGGCGAAUACGUUUUGAAAGAAGAGUGCAAGGAGAUAGCAUCAAAUACUGGAUCAAAAAGGGGCAGCAGGGCUUGUAGCCAUCCCGGCGUCUGUCCACCCACUCAAAGUUCAAGCCCGCUUUCUCUCGACCACGUCCAAUACCCACUCUUUGCACCCUCGUUCGUUGAGCCACGAUGGACAUCGUCAAAGCUGUGGAGACGUACAUCACCAAGUUGAUCUCCGUGCCGCCCACGAUGAAGGUCUUGCUCCUCGACGGACAUACGACACCUAUUGUAUCGUUGGCCGUCACUCAGUCUACCUUGCUCGCUCAUCAAGUAUACCUCACGGACAAGAUCGACAACAAGAAGCGCGACCGGAUGCCGCACAUGAAGUGCGUAUGCUUCCUCCAGACAAGUGACGACAGUCUCGAGGCACUAGAAGCGGAACUACGAGAGCCAAAGUACGGCGAAUACUACCUCUACUUCAGCACCAUCCUCAGCAAGACCACCAUCGAGCGGUUAGCGGACGCAGACGAGUACGAGGUAGUACGGGAGGUGCAGGAAUACUUUGCAGACUACGCGCCCAUCCUCCCGUGCCUCUUCUCCCUCAACCAUAUGCCGAGUGCUUCGCAUCCGCUGUACGGCUCGUCACCCAAUUCGUGGGACCCGAAAGCGCUUGAGCGAGCUGUACAAGGCGUGACCGCCGUUUUGCUGAGCUUGAAGAAGAAGCCGGUGAUUCGUUACGAGCGGUCGAGUCCAAUGGCGAAGAAGCUCGGUGUGGAGAUCCAGCAUAGGAUGCAGUCUGAAUCUUCUUUGUUUGACUUCAGGUUGACCCAAGUCCCUCCACUGCUCCUUAUUCUGGAUCGUAGAAACGAUCCUGUGACUCCUCUGCUCUCUCAGUGGACGUAUCAGGCCAUGGUGCACGAGCUCCUGGGUAUCCAGAACGGUCGGGUAGACCUCAGCCUUUUGCCUGACAUCCGACCGGAGUUGAAGGAAGUCACUCUAACACCCUCCACUGACCCAUUCUUCCAAGCACACCACCUCGCUACCUUCGGUGACCUCGGCACCUCCCUCAAGGCAUAUGUCCAAUCUUACCAGUCCCACUCCCUCGCGCACAACCCACAGUCCAUCAACUCAAUCACCGACAUGAAGCGCUUCGUCGAGGAGUACCCCGAGUUCCGCAAGCUCGGCGGGAACGUCAGCAAGCACGUCGCACUCGUGGGCGAGCUUAGCCGGCUAGUGGACCGGGACAAGCUAUUGGACAUUGGAGAGGUCGAGCAGGGGCUAGCGACCGGAUCUGGUGCGGACUUGAGGAGUGUACAGGCCCUCAUCACUAACCCUACCAUUCAGCCGUGGAACAAAUUGCGCCUGGUCAUUCUGUACGCGCUGCGAUAUCAGAAAACACAAGCAAACAAUGUCGCUUCACUUAUCAACCUAAUGCUCGAGAACGGGGUUAAUCGAGAAGACGCCAAGCUCGUCUAUGUCAUUUUGAACAUCGCGGGCUCAGAUCAGCGGCAAGACGACUUGUUCUCUGCGGAGUCGCUCUUCGCGAAAGGCCGCUCAGCUUUGAAGGGUCUCAAGGGCGUGGAGAAUGUGUAUAUGCAACACCAGCCACAUCUUGCCGAAACGCUAGAAAACCUGUUCAGGGGCCGACUACGGGAUACCAGCCAUCCUUUCCUCGAUGGCGCAGGGCCAAACGCGAGUCUACAACGACCGCAGGAUGUGAUCAUCUUUAUGAUCGGCGGGACAACAUAUGCCGAAGCCCGCGUUGUCGCAUUGCUCAACCAGGAGUCGACGCAAGGCGGCGCGUCGUCUGCGGGCACGCGUCUUCUCCUGGGCGGGACAUGCGUACAUAAUUCAUCUAGUUUUGUGGACAUGAUACGCUCCGCUGCGGUCAACUUCUCUGCGUCGGUGUACGAACCUCCGCCAGGGAGCUCAAGCACGAUGCCGGCCUUGAACCUCAAUCUAGGCGGUGUCAACGUCAGUUUGGGUGGUCCUGCAGGCACUGGCGUGUACAGGACGAGCGGGGAGGGUGUGAGCUUGCAGGCGGAUGGCAUCAAGGAUGGUGUGAAGAACCUCUUCGGAAAGGUGCGGCAGGGUGUGGAUCGGAUUGCAUCGCAAGAACUGCGGUAGUUUGGACGCUUGAUGGCAAAUGCUGUUUGUCGUAGUGUACUAUGAGUAUCUGUCUAGUCAAAUAUUCUUGGAGGAAGGAAACGGUGCGACCCGCG